AUGCCUAACUCCAAAUGGAUUCGACUGAACCCGAACGGAUUAAAAUAUAAAGAUAUACACUUUCUUCCUCUCUCUUUUUUUCCUUUUUUCUUUCUUUCUUUCUUCGUCUGUAUACAGUUCAGUUUCCUAACCCGACUCACUGCAACAGGGAUAUACACUUUCUUCCUCUCUUUGGUUUUCUUCUUUCUUUCUUUCUUUCUUUCUUUCUUUCUUUCUUUCUUUACACAAUUCAGCUUUAUCUAUCUAUCUAUCUAUCUAUCUAUCUAUCUAUUUAUCUAUCUAUCUCAUUCUGUUCCUAUCUAUCUAUCUAUCUAUCUAUCUAUCUAUUCCAUUCUGUUCCUAUUUAUCUAUCUAUCUAUCCCAUUCUCUAGCAUAGUCUGUUCUUAUCUAUCUAUCUAUCUAUCUAUCUAUCUAUCUAUCCCAUUCUCAUAUUCUGUUCAUAUCUAUCUAUCUAUCUAUCUAUCCCAUUCUGUUCCUAUCUAUCUAUCUAUCCCAUUUUCCUAUCUAUCUAGCUCGCUAGCUUACUAUCGCAGUCUGUUCAGAUCUAUCUAUCUAUCUAUCUAUCGCAUGCUGUUCGUUAUCUAUCUAUCUAUCAAUCUAUCUAUCUAUCUAUCUCAGUCUGUUCAUAUCUAUCUAUCUGUCAGUUCGUCUAUCUGUCUGUCAAUUAGAUCUAUCUAUUUAUCUAUCUCACUCUGUUCAUAUCUACUUUUUGUUGUUUUUUAA